AUUGUGGUUGGCGCUGCGGGAAAACUUGCAUUUAAUCCUGAUUCGCUCAGUGUCGACAAUGGUACAAUUCUUCGAUUCAACUUCCUCGGUCGUAAUCAUACAUUGACCCAGAGCUCAUUCGAACAUCCAUGCCGGAACGCCUCGCUAUUUGACACUGGAUAUGAGCAAUUCAACCCGAAAAAUACCAGCGGGGCAUUCGUUAUUGACUAUUUGGUGGAGACGAAGGAGCCGCAAUGGUUCUUUUGUGCACAGAGCAGCCCGACUUCCCAUUGCCAUGCAGGAAUGGUGUUUAGUCUUAACUCUCCUGGCCGUCAUGACUCAUUCAAAGAGCGAGCA